AUGUUUUCAAAUUCAAUCCUUGAUAGUUACCAAUGCAAUUUUUGUAAAGAACACCACCCCAGUCUGAAAAAGAUCAAUAAUUGUAGAGUUCAAUACUUUAAGAACUGUUGUAGAAGACACAAUGAUAUCCAGACUUCUCAGAUCACUUAUGUUCCUGAACAAGUCAGCAUUGUCUUGAACACUGUUUCGAACAAAUCCAUUAUCAGAGAAAAUGAUACAACAAAUGAUGACCAAACUGUGAAUUCCUUCAAUAACAGUGAUAACAAUGAAUCUAUGUACAGUAUUGAGUAUGAUAAUACUAUUGAAGAAUCAGUUGCAAUGAAAGAUAUCGAGGAUGUAACCACACCUAUGGUAUAUGACUUCAGUCAACCUCUUCCUACUCCCAGUUACAAUGAUGCAAAGAAUCUCAAAAUCAUCCAAAUCAUCAAAGACUUUGACAUCUCUUGCAAAGCACAUGAAAAAAUUAUCAGUCAUUUCAAUAAAAUUCUUGCCACCUCUACAGAUAUCACAUAUAGAGUGUGUACACCCUACCUUGGCAAAAAACUGUUGAAGCGUUUCUCAAGAAUAGAAGAAAAGAAAUACAACGUCUGCUGCAAUAGCUGCAUGUUGUUCAAUGAUGAGCAUGAGACCAAAUACUCAAACUGUAGCAAAGAUUGCUACAAGAGCACUGAUGACAACAAUGCAUUGGUUCCUGCAAGAACCAUGGUCCAACUUCCUUUGGUCACUGUCAUACGUACACUGGGGAGCUUCUGUGAUUUCCAUGAGGCAGACGAGUCCAGCCAAAGAGAACUUAUAGGGCAAUCACCACUGGCAACAUUGGAUGCAUUCUCUGAGCCAUAUUUCUUUGCCUUAGAUGAAAUGCACAGUAUCUGCCAUGGUGUAGCAAAACAGGUCUGGGGGCUCAUUACUGGCAAGUACAGAAAAAAGCAUCUGCUUGUUCUCUCUGUUGAAGUUCAGAAAGAGAUAGGUGCAGCAAUGACAUUGACAAGAAAAACGAUCCCAAAAUCAUUCUAUGGUGCUUGGAGAGAUGUAUCGAAGAAUACUGAAUACUUUAAGGCAGUAGACUGGACACACUUCCUUCUAGAACUUGUUGAAUGGAAUGUGUACCUUGAGACUCUGCUUGCCAAGGACAAGGUCGAUCUAAACGUUUUCACCAUUAACCAAAACCUCUUACAGCACUACCCAGAUAUGAUUGAAGCAUUUGGCCUACCAAGAUCAUACUGUGCUAUAUUGGUAGAAAGAGCAAUUGAUGAGUACUCUAAUGCCAUUAAAAGGGAAGAGUGUAGCAUGAUUGAAGCAGCUAUACAAACUAGCCACAAGGUAUUUGAUGGUUGUGUGAUUGACUCAGCACUCAACCAAAAUUAUGUAAGAGAGGCACAUAACAUCAGAUUACAGAUUCAGGUUGAUGAGAAAUACAACAAUGGGCAAAUGAAGCCAAUGGUAGUUCACCUGGCAGAUGUCAAAGAAUUAGUUGGUUUAGUGAAGUUGGGUGCGACUAUAAACACAAUAACAACAACAGCAACAACAUAUGUAGUGUAG